GGAGAAUAUCACGAAGAGAAAGUCCAAAGCGAAAGUAAAAAUGGAGCUGGAAGUGGAGAAGGCGCACAAUUGGACAGACUUUGACAAAUUAACUACAGUCCCAUACAACAAAAACAGAAAGUUUGUGUGUAUUGAAUAUCCUGGAGUAGUGAAAAAUGUUGAGAAAGCCAUUGGUACUCUAGGUGGUAUUCGUAAUAUAGAAAAGGUAUAUGCAAAUGUAAACCAGCGAGUGGAUUUACAUUUUCAACCAACCAACAUGUUUUGUAAACCUGCUUUUGCGGAACGUACGUCAACUUCUAGCCUCUUAAUGAAAGUUAAACGAAGAAGGAGAAAAGGAGAGAAUUGGGAGAACUGCCAGUUUCAAGUAGAAGUGCUAGGACGCAUUGAAAUUAUAUAUAAAUUUAAUAGUAUGGCAGACUUUCAGUAUCUUCCUGUUGUGAAGGGAUCUGAUGGCAAGCAGGAACAGAUUCAUGAUAAAAUUGUCUUAACUGGCUUUCAGGAUAGAAAUGAAUUCUUAGACAGGGAUGUCCCGAUUUUUCUUCCACCUGUUAUUUUCUCAAGGUUUGAUUGCCCAGAUAAGGACUACUUGUACAGAGAUGGAGUCAUCCAUAAACCUGGUUAUGUAGACCCUGACAAGGACAGACCAGCCAACCUCAUAGGAACAGUGAGGGAGAGGAGGAAGGUGUUCACCGUGUUCCUGAACUUCAACGAUGAGGUCCCAGACAAACCUCAGGAGGAGGUGCUGGUCAACCUCAGAUUCAAAUACAACGAACCAGAACGGGAAACGGAAAUGAUGAAGCUUUUUGAGCAGAGACCUAUUUGGUCCAGAAUGGCGUUAAACCAUUUCUACACGGGAAGAAGAGACAAGGUUAAAUAUCUCUUGCCGAUGUUUGCCUGCUACUACCUCAAUGGCCCUUGGAGGUGUCUUUGGGUCAGAUUUGGCUAUAACCCUCACAAACAUCCAGAGGCCAAAAUGUACCAGACUGUUGAUUAUAGGAUUAGACAAACUUCCCCUGGAGACACUGUUGGAGUGGCACUGAAAAGGUCUCCCAAUGUGAUAGCUUUUCCUGCAAUGAAGAGGAAGAAUAUAAAUGUUGCUAAAAUCAAUCUUACCAAGGCUCAGUUACCUAGAACUAAUGACCCAAAAGAAGACUCCAAAAUGAAGGAACCAUUGCAUGUGUACAUACCAGAACGGCUACCGCCCUGCAGACAAAUGUUUUACCAAAUGUGUGACAUCCAUAUGCAAGAUAUACAGUCAAUUAUCAACAGCACCACAGCUUCUGUAUGCACAGAGAAGGAUGGCUGGUGUCGUAAGGGAACAAUAGAGAAGUGCCGCGACAUCAUGUCCAAAAGGGCACAGGGAAUCAUGGACAAAAAAGGGGUGUCACUGGCCCAUCAUAUCAUUGGGUCGCGAGAAAAACACAAACCUCCCAAAACAGACGAAGACGACGAUAUCAAAAUGGAAGAUCUUGGUGACGAAGAUUAUGAUGACAUCGAGGAUUUGAAUGACGAUCAGCUGGAGGAAGAUGACGUCAAUGAGAUGGAGACAGAGAUGUUAGACUGUGUGUAGAGAAGAACAGUUUAACAAUACACUCAUUGUUUGCAUACCGUAAAACCUCAUGGUCAAAGUAUGUAUCGGUGAUUUUUAUAUUAAAAGAAAUAUUAAAA